CUCAGACAGAGAUCCGAGCCAAUCCGGUACAAACAAAGUUAUGGGCCAAUGCUCUACUUCACAAGACGUUCCAGAACCAGUGCCUUUGCGAGGAGGUGAUUCCUUCGCCUCAACUGACCUGGCGAAUAGAUUUGAGGAAGCCGAUGGUGGACAUGUGGUUCUGGUGCCUAGCCGGGAUGUGGAUUUAGAGGCAGUCAAAACCCAACGAGCAGAGGCAGUCACCGCUUCCAACAACGUGAACCGCUUGUCGGGCAUGUCUCGGAAAACCACUCGGCACGCCUUGGAAGAGCCGCCUGAUGUUCGCACCAGCUUUCAGCGACUAUCGACGUCUUUGCGUUUGUCUCGAAUGGGAACAAUGAAGCGAAACAAGAUGAUCCACGAUGUCAAAGCAGCAGAGUCAUCGCAAGGCCUUCAAGGAGCUAGCUUGGAGAAGCGCCUGCAGACUUUUGGCAUGCAGAUGGUUGAAAUGGCUGGUGAUGGGAAUUGCCAGUUCAGAACUAUGGCUUUCAACCUCUUUAGGAGCCAGGAACAUCAUGCAGCUGUGCGCCAAUCAGCUGUAGCUCAUAUGAGGAAACAUGCAGACUUCUUUGGUGUUUUCUUUGAGGACGAGGCAGAGUUUGGACACUAUUGCAAAAAUAUGGCACUACAUGGAACUUGGGGAGAUGAACUUACUCUCCGUGCUGUUGUUGAAGCCUAUGGAUGCAUUGCGCACGUGAUAACCUCAGAGCCUACAAACUGGCAUUUGGUCUAUGAGCCUGAAAGCUCCGACAUGGACUCUGCGAUAGCAGUUUGCCCACUUGGCAUGGAUCCCCCGAAAGCCAGGACUGCUGUGGAAAACUUCACACUUUCUUUCUUCUCUCUACAAGACUCUGCAAAAACGUGAACUAGGUCAAAGCGCUGCACCGCGGCACGAGCCAACUAAUACUGUGGAUCUGCAAAUCGAGUUCUCCCAGAUGUCUGGUGCCUAUUUAGACUUCGGAUUGGAAGGUUCUUGCGACCGUGUCACGUGCUGGAGAUCAGAUGCAUUUUGAUUUGAAGUGCAGAUUUCGUGCGAGUUGCCGCGCUUUGGAGAUUUGUGUGGUUGCCGCAGUUUGGCGAAGGCUAGCCGAAGAGCACCUUGAACUUGUUUUGCGGAGCUAUGACGAAUCUUUGAUCUUCCCAAAUCCGGUGAUCGAUGCCACUUCUGGAAGGACAUACCUUUUCCACCACCUCUCACAAUGUACUUGCCACCUAAACACCAGCAGUAUGAAUCAGUAUGAACCUACCACCUCAAGUCCGAGACCGACCACUUUGCCAGCAGUCAAACCUUGCUGCCUUAGCAGAAGGUGCAGUGUUUCCAAGUGUGCUUCCUGUGUACUUUGGAUUUGCUUCUGGCAUUUGUCUUCAGAAUGCGCCAUUCCACCGUGAUUUGCACUCUCCGCAUGUAACAUGUGGGUGGCACUAGUGGCAUGCUGCGUUACUCGGUUCUUUCUGCUAGAGUAGUGGGCAGACACUUGAGGAGAUUCAUGCAACACAACGCACUCGGAAAGAUUCAGUAUUCACAGCGCACACACACGGGCAGACCACCCACGCCCAGACCACCCACGCCAGCUGUAGCAGUGGUUGGACGUUGAGGCAGAGCUUUUCUUUUUUUCUCGUGGCCCUGCCUCCUUACUCACAUUAGCUCAUGCUUCUUCAAGGAAGCUUUCCCUGUCUGAGAGGAGCUUCCUUGAAGAAGAGCUCACACUAAUGAUUUGAUUCCUAGAUUUUUAGGAAAACUUGACCUCCAGGAAGGACCUGAAGAGUCUACAUGGUAAGCUGUUCCAAAAUCGGUUCUCUUUAAACCAACAAUUUGUACUACCCGCACGUAACUCACAUCCUUUCCAAACAUUGAGGUCUGACGCUUGUGGGGGCUACUCACCCUUGUGGGACAGGACUUGUUCCGCAAACUCUCCACAACAUCGGCAUCACUCAGCACUCUUUACGUUUCUACUGUGCUUGUCCAAUCGAACAAGAUCACAAAAGACAUCAAAUGGACGUCGGGCGUCAAAGGACAAGCAGUUUCAGUUCGUGCCUUAAUAACGGUCCACCAAACAGCAUACAGUACCCUCAUGCAGUUCAAAACAUGCUGGCUGUGCAGAUGUUCCCUGAAAGAGAGCACGAGGUAUUUGCCCAGAACAAACUGUUCCAGUAAAGAGGCCCUUGUAGAACUACUGCAAAAAUAGACCUUCUUGGUGUUACACACUGUUUGCGGAUGUAUAUAUAUAUAUAAAUAUAUAUCGAGACGCUUGCGGAAUGCACCGGAGCGCAGCUCGAUGUGAUAUAGGACAUUGCAUGACUUUGAUAGCAGUUCAAGCAAUUAAGCAAUAAUUACUAUUGCUGCAUGAUGGACUUGCAUGAUGCUUCCAUUGCCAGGAAGCAAAUUUUCUUGGCCUACAUAUCGUAUCUUGACUUGCUGGGGCUUGUAAAUUCUCCAAGAGCAUGACCGCCCAAGCAACCUUUGUAAAUGUGUUUUGCAUCAGUUCACAACCAAGGCCCAUCCACUACAAUGCUAUCAUUGCAAGAAAGCCCCAGUGAUUAUUCUCAGCGCACCCACCCAAGUGGGAUGACGCAUGUCCCAACGAACCGUUGGGUGCCAAUGUUUUCCUUUCAGCAAGCAAUGCAGUUGGCAUCCGUUAGCCGUGUGGGUUUGUACAGGCUGAAGGCCUCCGUCUCAAAUUCGCUGGAAAAGUAUCCGUCGUGGCACUUAUCCCACUAUUCCACUUUCAAUUGGGUCACCACAACGUUUGGCUGGUUGAGUCAUUGAGAUCGGCAGCAACAACAUGUAGCCUAGAUAGAAACAGCUUGGAAUGAUAGCCUGGAAUUGUGUGUCUCCAGCAAGAUGCCAGCUUUCCAAUCGUUCCUGAUGCUGGCCUUGCUUACUUUGUUUGUUCUGUGCACGCAUCGCUUGGUGCUUUUGCCCUUUCUAUUCUUUGGCUGGAUUUUUCCUGAAGGUGUUGCUGGCCUCUCUGUGUUACAGCAGUCAUACUGUCAGACGGUUGAUAAUCCCACCUGACAGCUUUUGCAGCCUUGCCCAAGCCGUUCAAGGCCCAAGC